AUGGAACUUGGUGACGCAGAACUGCUGGAUAUCUUGUUGGAACCUUCAGAAGACAUAACCAUAAGGGCCUUCCCAGAGCUGGCAGGACACUCCUCAUUCGGAGAGCCAGAGCAAACUGGACUGCAAGAUCCAGGGCUGGGAGGCUGGAAACCCAGUGGGAGCAGCAGCUGUGGCCUUCAGGAGAGUGAGCCUGACGAUUUCCUGAACCUACUCAUUGACCCCAACGAAGUCUAUCAGUCCAGAGUUUCUCCAGGAAGUGACAGCGGUAUCUCGGAGGAAGCUGGGCAUCCCUACAGCCCCCUAGCCUCCAUGGCUCUCAGUCCUCCUGCCCUCUAUGAGGUUGUCUAUGAGACGGGGGCCCUAGAAGGACCGCAGGGAGAAACUGACCAGACCAGCUCUGGGCUCAUCUCUAUCCAGCUAGGUCAGUGGAGCCCCCCACUGCUGAUACCUGAUGCUUGCGUCAUCAGUGAUCCCCCACCUGGCCCUUCUGCCCAUCCAGAACCCAGAAUAGGUACAGGAAUCUUGAUGCCUCCUGAGACACUGCUGCACUGCCCAGCGCUAUUCCUGACAGAUGAGGAGAAGCGACUAUUAGGACAAGAGGGGGUAUCUCUGCCCUACCAUCUACCCCUCACUAAGGCAGAGGAAAGAGUCCUUAAGAAGGUUCGGAGGAAAAUCAGGAAUAAGCAGUCUGCUCAGGACAGCCGGCGACGAAAGAAAGAAUACAUAGAUGGUCUAGAGACGAGGGUAGCUGCCUGUUCUGUGCAGAAUCAGCAGCUACAGAAGAAACUGCAGGAGCUGGAGAGACACAACAUCUCUCUGGUGGCCCAACUUCAACAGCUGCAGGCACUCAUUGCUCAAACCUCUAACAAAGCUGCUCAGACCAGCACUUGUAUCCUGAUCCUCAUAUUCUCCUUAACCCUCAUCAUCCUUCCCAGCUUCAGCCCCUUUCACAGGGAACAGCCAAUUGGGUCUGACACUUACAAGCCUAGUGGAGUGAUCUCCAGAAACAUCCUGACUCACAGGGAUGUGCCAGACAGCUUGAGGACCCUGGUAUCACAGUCAGGAGAUAGGGGUGCCAAUGGUUCCUCAGGGGGAGUACCUGAGGAGAGCAAUAACCAGCGGCCACCAUCAGGAAAGAGGCAGAGCUGUGCAGCAUGCUGA